UCGCCGAACAGCAAAACACGAAGAAGACGUUACUAGGUUACUCUGGAAGUUUGGCAGUAGUCUAGCUGGUGUAAUGGAAUAAAUGUAUUUAUGCAUACUGUAGUGCAUUAGCUAGAUCGUGGGAGUGUUGACAGAGAUCGCCAUGCUCAGUCCCAAAGAACUUGAGGGAGAGGUUGAUCAUUCGUUCUUUGACAGCGACGACAGCCGCUCCAGCAAAGACUCGGGGAAGAAUGAAAGGAGUUCAGAGACUGAAAGACGUGGAAGGAAGGACAGCCCCAACAGCCAGACAGAGCCUUGUAGGACAGAGGUGUCUGGAGACGACAGGGCCUUUAAUCCCAGUGAAGGAACACACGAAGAUGAGAGCGGGCCAUGCAACACCACCUAUCUGAUUUCAGAGCCUGAGUCAAAGACUGGCAGUAUUGUGGUGGAGAUAGACGCUAGCAUUUCCUCCAUGAGCUCCAGCAAAAUCCUGACAGCACCAUCGGCCGAGGUCAGGGAGGAGGACAAUGCUGAUGAAGAUGGCUACCAUCAGAGUGAGGAGGAGAGCGAGGAGGAGGAAGUGCCACCUCUUCUGAAGCAAUCUCUUAAACCAAACAACGAGGCCAAGGUAGGCCCUCCCAAAAAGAGCUACAGGAGGCAUCGUCACCGGAGCCCCUCACCCUCCUCCUCAGAGCAGGAUUCGGACACUGACAGCUCCUGUGAUGAUGUCAGUAGCGGGGAAAACCUCAUCCCUGAGUUCCACCCCGUCCAGACGGGACCCCAGUCCUCACGACCUUCCUCUUCUUGGCCUUCCUCCUCCUCCCCCAGCCAGACACGCAGACAGACACCAGGCAGGGCUGUAAAGGGCAGCCUGGAGGAGGACUCGGAGGACACAGUGACAGACGUCACACCGCUCUCUACCCCUGGUGUCAGCCCUAUGCAGUCCCUGGACUUGGACCUGGGACCAGUAGGAGACAGAGAGGGGGAGGUGAAAGGUCAAAGGGUCAGGGAGCAGCAGGAGCUCUCUGAGAGUUGUUCUUCCAGCCACCUCAGCAUUGCAAACCAGAAAGAAGAGGAUACGGAUCAGGGUGAUGGUGACCAUGUGUUCGAGGGCGUAGCGGGUCGCCUGGACACCGACCUGGUCAUCAACUGCCCUGGAAGCAGGAACAGGAAGAACUACUCCUUCACCAAUGAGGAAGUGCGCCGCAUUGACCGAGAGAACCAGAGGCUGCUCCACGAACUGUCCCGCCCGCCCCCCAGAUCCAGGCCGGUUAGCGCGGCAACGGGGUUCAUCACCACGCCAACUACACACCCUAUCCGCCUUUACCACAGCGCCCUCAACAGGCAGCGCGAGCAACAACGCAUUGAGAGGGAGAACUUGGCCUUUCUGAGGAGGCUUGAGACAGUGAAGCCCUCCCGUGGCCUGAGGAGGACAGAGCAGCUGGCAGACUACCAGCGCCAGACCAGGUACCUGGGGCCCACGGAGCUCCCCAACAUCCCACAGGGGCCGUCCAGGACCCCCAGCAGGACCUCCCCAGGAAAGAGCGCCAGGCCUGGCAGGGCCUUGGGCAGGGCCACGCAUCAGCGUGGACCCAGAGGAACGUCCUCCACCUCCAGAGCCACCUCCACCUCUCCUGUGACCAGGUCCAGCAGGGGGGGCGUCCCUCGGGCUGCCUGGGUGUAGCAGCUCUGUGGGAAGGAACAAGCCAUUCAUUCCUGUCUGUUUACAGCCUAGGAUGGGAGAGCCCUGGAACACAGUGUAAGGUUAGAAGCUUGCAGAAGCUGUAAAACAGACAUUCUACCAAUAAACGUUAGCUAUUUAAAUGCCAGUUGCCAUUUGCCAUUGCAAUUUCUCAAUCCGUCUCGAAAAGAUGAACAAACAUUAUUACAUGUGAUUUUACCAUGUGAAGUUGUGCAUAGUCAUCAUAUAAUAAAUGUCACUAUUAAUAGACAGUUUUUAUAAAAGCUCACUACUGAAGUGUUGCUGUUAAAUUGUAUAUCUAUUAAGUAAACCAAAGAUCCAUCUUCACUUUGGUUUACUAGGAGCUUUAGAUGAAUUAGAAUGAUUAGAUGAUAUAUUGUGAAUAAUUUACCAUAGCAUUGUUUGUUCUAUGAAAUAAAUAUAUAUGCUGAAAUGGUUUAGGGACCAAAACUAUUCUCCCUCUAAAAUGAUAUUAUUAGCCAUUAAUAUACCCAGUGUUCCAUGCUGCAUUUGUACAGUGCGCUUGCAAAGUUUGGUUACAUGUCCACUGUUUUUGUACUACAUACUGCUUUAUGAUUCAACAUCCAAUAUAUAUUUGUGUUCUAGUAAAGUUAUUUCUAGAAUAUCAUGGAGGAAAAUAUUUUUUUAAUUGUUUUAGCAUUCCAAUAAAGAAGCCUGUUAUAUGCCGUAAUGGCGUGCUUAUAAAAUUAUUACAGUCAAACUUUUUCAAUAGUCUAAGGCUGCUAUCGCAGACAGAUUAGAAAGCCUUAAAGGAAGCACUUGAAAUAGCUGUCAGUCCCACACAGUAUAACGGCAGGUGGGAUGCUAUGCCAUACUCAAGACAGGAUAUAAGAGAUAUAUAAGAUAUUAUAAAGCCUACAAUUCCUUCAUUUCUGACAUCCAGUUAUUCUGUUAGUCAAGUGAAAAGUUGUUUGUGAGAUUAGGAAACUGGUACACAUUCAUCAUACUAUGAAUAUUUUGUGUUGUGGAGAGUUUCUCAUCAGGGGGGAUAAGGGCCACUGGUUAAACUUGGUGAGGCUAACAUUCAUAAACACA